AAUUGGGGCCGAACGGGUGGAGUUGAGGGCUCCCUGGGAACCUGGGUGGAGGAGGAGAUGUGGUAGAAAGAGAAAGGUUGGCUGAGAGUAUGUAUGUUAGUGACCUUUUGAAAGAAGAGGACUUUCGAAUUUGUUUCUUUGAUUUUUGCAGUUUUGGAACAGAUCUAUACUAGGUCGGUGGUGGGUGAAACUUCUGGAGUUUGUUUUGGGAAGCACAGUCAAGAGUUGGGAGAAGUGCUGUCUUGAUUUUGCUUUUGUGGGGGAAGAAGUAUUGUGAAAAGGUGACAGGUUAUUUGGGGUAGGGUUGAUUCUCUUAUAACGUAUCAUUUGGAAGGGGCAUAGGGGAGAAGACCAAAGUAGGAAGGGAAGAUUAGUCCCCCCCCCCCCCAGAGGAUUGAAGAUCUUAUUUUGUCGAAUGAUUGGUGGUAUAGGCCAGAGGCAGUGAACUAAACUUCUCCAGGUUCUCAAAUAUCAGAGCUACUGACUUAGCUGUUUGACCUAAACUCUGAGGGUUUUGUAAAAUGGAAGUGUUCCCUAGUUUGUAAGUUUGUUAUUAAGGAGUAUACAAUUUGUAUCAAGUGUUACUGGAGUAUGUAGCAGACAGUAAGUGCUCAGUAGGUCUGAUUUGCUGCUAAAGGGGCUAAUUGAUACUUUGGAAUUUCUCCCAGCUAGGUAAAGUUUUAUGGUUAAGGAUCACUUUGGCAACCAUCUUUCUAGUUACUACAAAUCAGACUUGCUUAGUAGACCUGAGGCUAAAAGUACAGGACACAUAGCCCUCCCCUAUGUCUUCAUCUCCAGUCCUACCCUGGCAAGUUUGUCCUUCCCUGACUUUGAAAUAUUUGGCCUUAGUUUGUUACUGGAGGAGGAUGUGUAACUUGCAGAAAGAAGGAAAGGGUUGGAUAUUUACUUAGAUUGGUUUUUAUUCAUAGUUGCAAAGUUAGGUUACUCUAUGGGAACUUUCUUCGCAACAAACUAACCUACCAUACCUACUUUAUUUUGGCUUUUAUGGGAAACAUCAGAGAAGCAGAUCCUUAAAGGGGAUGGAGGACUAGCUUCUGGGUUGCAUGGAAGUUGGGUAACUAAGUGGCAAUAUUUCCACAGUGUGCUUUUUUUGGUUCUUUUGCUCUUUGUUGCUGUAUGCUUGCUUUUGUGUUUUGAGACUAGGACUCCUGUAGUCCAGGAUGGUCUUGAGUCCAAGUGCCUCAGCCUUCAGAGGUAUUGGACAUACAGGUGUGAUCCUCCGUACUCAGCUUCUUGGUACUGGCUUUAUCCCUGAAAAUAACAUUCCGUGUGUGUGUGUGUGUGUGUGUGUGUGUGUCUGCAUUCAUGUGUGCCUGCAUUUUUGUCUGUGGGUGAACAUGAAAGCCAGAGGUGGCUGUCAGGUGUCUUCAGUUGCUCUCCUCCUUUUUAAAAGUAUGUAUCUGUGUGGGGGUAUGUGCACAUAAGUGCUGGUGCCCCAGGAAGCCAGAAGAGGGUUGGACACGUUGGAGCUGGAAUUACAGGCAUUUGUGACCUGCCCAACGUGGGUGGUGUGAACUGAACUUUUAUCCUCUACAAGAGCAGUACCUACUCUUAGCUACCAGGCUAUCUCUUGAGCCCCACUACCUUAUUUUAUCUUACUGACAGUAUCUCACUAAUUCUGGAACUCUAUGAACAGCCUGUCCCUGGGAUCUUCUUGUUUCUGCUUCCCGAAACCUAUGCUGGGAUUUUUGUACCUGACUUUUUAUGUGGACGCUGAAGAUUGAAUUUAGGUCUUUAUGCUUGCAUAGCAAGUACUUUACCAGCCCUGAUCAUAACAUUUUUAUAUCAUAGAGUCAACUUACACUAAAGAAAGAGAAGGCUUUCUUAGAAAUUUGAUUUAAAGACUCAACAUAAGGUUUAGGUUUAUAACACAGGCAGAUGAUACCCAACUUGUGUACUCACAAUUCAUACACAAUCUAUAAAUAUACCUUUAUAUAGUAGAAAAUGACUUUGAAGAUGUAGUUAAUGUUAAGAUUCUUUUAAAGAUUUCCUUUUAAAUUAUAUGUAUGUGGGUGCCCAUAAUGACCAGAAAAAGUUAUUGAGUCUCAUGCAGCUGGAGUUACAGGCAGAUAUAAGCUGCCUGGUGGGGGUGCUUGGAAUGGAACUCAGGUCCUGUGGAAAAGCAGUUCUUGCUCUUACACACUGAGCCAUCUCUCCAACCCCAAAAAUCUUAAAAGUAGGAGAUUAACCUGGGUCCUGGCUUAGUCACAGAUUGAUCACAUGAGCACUUAAAAUCAGAGUACUUUUUCCAGCUGGAAUCAGAGAUGGGUAGAUGGGGGAAAUCAGAGAAAUUUAAUGCACGAGAGGGACUCCAUUAGGUGCUUUUAGAGAGGGCUGAAAAGAGAAUAUGAGAUGGAAUGUGGGCAGGCUCAACUAUCUGACAGUAAAGAUAUGGAGACUUCAGUCCUACAGCCAUAAGGAACUGAAUGCCAACAUCUGAAUGAACUUAAAAGUGGAUUUUUCUGUAGAGUUUUUAGCAAGCCAAAUAGCUUUGCAGACAACUUGAUAUUUGACCUUGAGAUCCUAACCUGGCCAAGCUUGCCCAAUUUACAACCUAUGGAAAUCAUAAGAUAAUAAAUUUUUGAUAAUUGUAAACCACUACAUUGUUGGUGAUAUGGUAGCAUAACACUAGAAUAGGUUUUGGUACCAGGAGUAGGGUGUUGUGUAGCCUAAACAUAGAAGUGGCAGUGGGAGGAGGUUGGAAGUAUUUUGAGUAGUAUGAUAGAAAAGACCUAGAACAGAUUGUUAGUAGGAAUGUGGAUGUUAAUGACUUUGCUAGUGAAGUUUGAGAUAGUGAGUUAUGCAUUACUGAAAACUGACAAGAGAUGAGUGGCCAGCAGGCUUAGCUGAAAUUGUAUAUUGUGCCUUUGUGGAAGGCAGAGUUUGCAAGUUUAUUUGCAAAUAAACUAGGGGUUUAUUUUUGUUUUGUGCAUUUGGUUUUUUUUUGUUUUUUUUUUUUUAGAUUUAUUUAUUUCUUAUAGGUAAGUACACUGUAGCUGUCUUCAGACACCCAGAAGAGGGUAUCAGAUCUCAUUACGGAUGGUUGUGAGCCAUCAUGUGGUUGCUGGGAUUUGAACUCAUGAACUUCAGAAGAGCAGUCGGCACUCUUAACCGCUGAGCCAUCUCUCCAGCCCCUUGUGCAUUUGUUUUUUAAGCUUAGAUUUUUCUAGCAAGAUGUUGAAGGUGCAACUUGCUUUAAUUGUGAAUAUUGUUUAAAGGGAGUAGACCCCUGUGAGACUCAUUAUAAUCUUGAUAAUUUUAUGCCUACAGGAACAAUACUAGUGUCCACUGAAAGAAGUAGGAAAAAUUAAAAACAGAAUCUUUUUGUUUGUUUGUUUUUGUUUUUCGAGACAGGGUUUCUCUGUGUAGCCCUGGCUGUCCUGGAACUCACUCUGUAGACCAGUCUGGCCUUGAACUCAGAAAUCUGCCUGCCUCUGCCUCCCAAGUGCUGGAAUUACAGGCAUGCGCCACCACUGCCUGGCCUAAAAAGACUCUUGAACUCUCUGAAAUAGUGCUGCUUUUCUCUCUCUCUUUUUUGGGGGGGUGGGGUUGAGACAGGGUUUCUCUGUGUAGCCCUGACUGUCCUGGAACUGGAACUCACUUUGUAGACCAGGCUGGCCACGAACUCAGAAAUCUUCGUGCCUCUGCCUCCCAAGUGCUGGGAUUAAAGGCGUGCACCACCACGCCCAGCUAGUGCUGCUUUUCUUAAAGUGAGAUGUUUGUGUGCCUAUGCACCUUAAGUGGAACUAAGAGCCUAAAGGAUUGGAACUCAAAGCCUUUUCUUUGGUCAGUGAAAUAGAGUCACUUUGGGUGUGUUCCUUACAUUUUUGUUUCAGAUGUUUUAGUUAAUAUUCUGUGGCCCAGAACAUUUUCUACCUAAAUUAAGUGAAGAGAUUUUGUUGUUGGUUUUUGUUUUAAGGUAGGAUUUUUUUAAAAGAUUUUUUAAUUUUUAUUUUAUUUUAUUUAUAUGAGUACACUGUAGCAAUCUUCAGAGGGCUUUGGACCCUGUUGCAAAUGGUUGUGAGCCACUAUGUGGUUGCUGGGAAUUGAACUCAGGACCUCUGGAAGAGCAGUCAGUGCUCUUAACCACUGAGCCAUCUCUCCAGCCCUUAAAGUAGGAUUUUGCUGUGUAUUUCUUGCUGCUAGACAUUCACUAGACCAGGCUGGCGUGGAACUUGUUCAUCUUCCUGUCUUUGCCUGCUAAGUGCUGGGUUACAGUUGUGUACCACCAUUCCAUGUGGGUUUUUCUUUUAAACCUGGAAGUAUAGAUGAGACUUUUGAACUUUAGGUUGAUGCUAUAGUAGUUUGAAAUGUUGGGGACUUAACUUGAUAUAGGAUGAAUGUGUGUUGUGAGUGGCACAAUGUAAAUCUUUGGAGACAAAAUGACCCCACUAAAAUGUUGGAUCCCUAAUCCCUAGGAUUAUUAUUAUUAUAUGGCAGAAGGGACUAUGUAAUGUGGUAGUUUAAACCUUCAUAAUGCUGUGACCCUUUAAUUCAGUUCCUUGUGUUACGGUGACCCCCAAUCAUAAGGUUAUUGUUGUUACUUCAUAGCUGUUUUUUUUGUUUGGUUGGUUUUUGGUUUUUCGAGACAGGGUUUCUCUGUAUUGCUCUGGCUGUCCUGGAACUCACUUUACAGACCAGGCUGGCCUCCAACUCAGAAAUCCACCUGGAGUGCUGGGAUUAAAGGCGUGUGUCACCACGCCUGGCUUGCUACUUCAUAGCUCUAAUUUUGCUACCGUUAUGAAUUGUAAUAUAAGUAUCUGAUAUGUAACCCCUGUGAAAGGAUCAUUCAACCAUCAAAAUGCCAUGGCCUAUACAUGUACAGACUUUUUUAUUUUAGUUAUUUAUUUAUUUUUUAUACUCAGCCAAGAUUUAAUUCUUUUUUUUUUAAAUUUAUUUAUUUAUUAUAUGUGAGUUGUAGCUGUCUUUAGACACUCCAGAAGAGGGUGUCAGAUCUCAUUACGGAUGGUUGUGAGCCACCAUGUGGUUGCUGGAAUUUGAACUCAGGACCUUCGGAAGAGCAGUCGGGUGUUCUUACCCACUGAGCCAUCUUACCAGCCCCCACAUGUACAGACUUUUACAAGAUUAUUCUGUCUGUCUUGGUUUUUGCCUUGGAGUUUUAGUCUUAAUCUAUGGGUCUAAAGCAAUGGACCUGCUGGAUAUGGUAGUCCAUACCACACCCUUAGUCCCAGCAUUCUGAAAGCUGAAACAAGUGAGUCUCUGAAUUUGAGGCCAGCCUAAUUCCUGCCAGCCAGGGCUACAUAGUGAUAUUGGCUUUUUGGUUUUUUGGUUGUUUUUUUUUUUAAUUAAUUUAUUAAUUUUUUGAGCAAUGAAUUUAAGGACUCCACCCUGCCAUUCUGGGAUCUGGCAACAGGGAAAUUAUGAAUACAGCAGCCUUGUGUAGCAAAGGGAGCUUCAGCUGACAGCAAUCAAAGGAGCCAGACCUCCAGUUGUACAACUAUAGGAAAGUAAGCCAACAACCUGAAUGAGCAGGGAGCAGAUUCCUCAGGGCUGCCCGCAAGAAAAACAGCUGGCUGAUACUUUGGAUUUGGCCUAGUUGGACUCUCAGCAAGAUCCAGUUAAACCUACACUGCUUCUGACUUACAGUUUGUUGUGGUAAUUGUUACAGCAGCAAUGGAAAACUUUACAUUGGCUUUUGCUAGCUUUAUUUCAGAAUGUUGGGGUGGUUGAUUUCUAGAGAAAAAAGGCAGCAAAGAUUGUUCAUAGAAUAAUGUUAUGGAGUGGAAUUUAUGCCUUGUGCUUGAUGUUUAAAUGUGUGUGAGUAUUUUGCUGCACAUGUGUCUGUGUGCCACAAGUGUAUCUAGUGUCCAUGGGGACCAGAGGGAGUGUUGGUUCUACUAGAACUCUUACGUUCUAGAUGGUAGUAAACCACCAUGUUUGUGCUGAGAAUUGAACCCAGAUGCUCUUAACAACUCAGUCAUCUCUCAAGCCCUUGGUGUUUAUUCUUUUCCUGAGCUUAGAUGCAACAUGAAGAAGGGACAUGAUAACCUGCUAAAAUGCUGGUUCUAGUGCUGAAUCACUUUGGUAGGAUCAUUAUAAGUUGAUAGUUACCCAUGUCUGUAAAAAGAUAACCCUGUAUAUUAGAAGAGAUGGAAAUGGAAUGCACAUUUUAGUGAAUUAAUGAGAUACACUGUGGUCUAUCUGUUCUUACAUUCAGCUCAAAGUUGUAACUAUUAUUUUCUUUGUCUUUGAGGUUAGAUUUAGCAGUCACAAUUACAAAAUGUAGUUUAUAGCUUAAGGUGUGUGUGUGUGUGUGUGUGUGUGUGUGUGUGUGCACAUGCGUGAGAGGGACGGGGAAUCAAUAUGAAUAUCUUUGGAACUCACAGUGGUUCCUCUGCCUCAGCCUUCCAGGUGCUGGUGUUACAUGUGCGAUCCACUAUGCUCGGUUUGGCUAUUGUUCUUAAGUAGUGUGCUCAAGUUGGAAUCAUUGAAAUGAAGCUGACAAAAUAACAUUUCAAGAUAUGAAGAACUUUUGAGGUUACCUGCAUAAGGUUGGAUUUUAGACUGUACAGUAAGGAGAGUUAUCCUAGAGCUGGACAAAGAAUCCUGGAUGAGGCAGUCUGAGUCACAGCUUUGGAACUAUAUUCUCUGAGCACCGUAAAAUACCUGUGACUAUAUAGAGUUCUUUCUGCCUGCUUCUUCAUUGUGAGGAUUAGUUGAGAAACUAUAUAAACACAGCUUAACAUGAUACCUAGCCUAGAAGGUAUGCAUGACGUAUUAACUGUUUAUAACAUUUAUAUCAAGUUUAUAUAACUUGACAGCUUGUGUGUAAAUAUAUGGUUGCAAAAACUUACAUCUGAUGUGAAUUGUCAUUGAAUAUGCUAAGGACUUAGGAUUUUCAGGUAAUAAUUAAUAAUGCUUGUUAUACCUGAUAUAAAAUUACAUAAUAAAUAUAUAAAUGUAUAUAUUAUUAUUAUAUAAUUAUUAUAAAAUUACAUCUUUUGAUAUAAAAUUACAUGAUGGCACACAGACUUAACCCUAGUACUUGGCAUGCAGAAAUCGGUGGAUCUCUUGAGAUUUCAAGGUCAGCUUGGUCUACAUAGUAAGUUCCAGGACAGCUAGAGCUAUGUAGAGAGACCCUGUCUCCAAGGGAAAAAAAAAAGUUGCCAGUUGGAUUUAUUCCUUCCUUGGUCUGUCAGAAUUCACUGAGUGACCAGGGCCAUGUAUCUUGAACAAGAAUAGUGUUGACUGCUUAAGCCUAAAAGUUUUUUGUUUCCUAAGAUGGAAGAUUUCAAAGUGGCAUGCCUUUUAGUUGUUACCUAAUGGGGACAGACACCCACACCCACACACCACGGGUAAGCAGGACUAAAAGAGAAGUGUAGGCCAACCAACUUUACUUGAAUCUUUUUGUUUUGUUUUCUUUAGGUGGGUUUGUUUGUUUGUUUGUUAUAUGGUUUCACUACGUAGACCAAGCUGAACUCCUGGCAGUCCUGCUGCCGCCUCUUGAGUACUGGAAUUCAGUGUGAAGAAAAAGGGUCUGAAACAAAGUCUUACCAACGUCUGCUUUUGAACACAGUGACUGCUGGAUCUUUAAACAUCAAGUUCAGCUUUGUCUGUCAACCUGUCUGACAUGUCGGGACCCGUGCCAAGCAGGGCCAGAGUUUACACAGAUGUUAACACACACAGACCCCGAGAGUACUGGGAUUAUGAAUCACAUGUGGUGGAAUGGGGGAAUCAAGAUGACUAUCAGCUUGUUCGAAAAUUAGGUAGGGGCAAAUACAGUGAAGUGUUUGAAGCCAUCAACAUCACAAAUAAUGAAAAAGUUGUUGUUAAAAUUCUCAAGCCAGUAAAAAAGAAGAAAAUUAAGCGUGAAAUAAAGAUUUUGGAGAAUUUGAGAGGUGGGCCCAACAUCAUCACACUUGCAGACAUUGUAAAAGACCCUGUGUCACGAACCCCUGCCUUGGUUUUUGAACAUGUAAACAACACAGACUUCAAGCAAUUGUACCAGACGUUAACAGACUAUGACAUUCGAUUUUACAUGUAUGAAAUUCUGAAAGCCCUGGAUUAUUGUCACAGCAUGGGGAUUAUGCACAGAGAUGUGAAACCCCAUAAUGUCAUGAUUGAUCAUGAGCACAGAAAGCUUCGGCUAAUAGACUGGGGUUUAGCUGAGUUUUACCAUCCAGGCCAAGAGUAUAAUGUCCGAGUUGCUUCUCGAUAUUUCAAAGGUCCAGAGCUACUUGUAGAUUAUCAGAUGUACGAUUAUAGUUUGGAUAUGUGGAGCUUGGGUUGUAUGCUGGCCAGUAUGAUCUUCCGGAAGGAGCCAUUUUUCCAUGGACAUGACAAUUAUGAUCAGUUGGUGAGGAUAGCCAAGGUUCUGGGAACAGAAGAUUUAUAUGACUAUAUUGACAAGUACAACAUUGAAUUAGAUCCACGUUUCAACGAUAUCUUGGGCAGACACUCCCGUAAGCGAUGGGAACGCUUUGUCCACAGUGAAAACCAGCAUCUUGUCAGCCCUGAGGCCUUGGAUUUUCUGGACAAGCUGCUUCGAUAUGACCACCAGUCACGGCUCACUGCAAGAGAGGCCAUGGAGCACCCUUACUUCUACACUGUUGUGAAGGACCAGGCUCGAAUGAGUUCCACUAGCAUGGCAGGGGGCAGCACACCUGUCAGCAGCGCCAAUAUGAUGUCAGGGAUUUCUUCAGUGCCAACUCCUUCACCCCUUGGACCUCUGGCAGGCUCACCAGUGAUUGCCGCUGCCAACUCACUUGGGAUACCUGUUCCAGCUGCUGCUGGCGCUCAGCAGUAAUGACCCCCAUCUACCUUCUGAUGCCUGAGCAGAGGUGGGGAAGUCCACCCUCUCCUCGAUGCAGCUUGCGCCUGUUUGGGAGGGGUGAGAACACUUCAGAAGCACCGUGUCUGAACCGUUGCUUGUGGAUUUAGUAGUUGAGUCAUAAAAAAAAAUUAUAGGCUGAUUUUCUUUCUUUCUUUCUUUCUUUUUUUUUUUUUUUUUUUUUUUUUUUAAAACGUGGACUUUUCAUAACUCAGGGGAUUCCCUGAAAAAAUUACCUGCAGGUGGAAUAUUUCAUGGACAAAAUUUUUUCUCCCCUUCCAAAUUCAGUUUAUCACCACUAAAGAACAAAGAUAAACUGGCCUCAGUCCCAGCUGCUGCGUUUGGGUGGAAAUUUCAUCCCCUUCCCACGUUGCUCUUUCCACAUUGUACACUCUUGUGGCUUAUAUCUCAUGUUCUUCUCCAGAGAUUGUAAACUGUAGCUCAUCAGGGGAGGGGGGGGGAGGGGGGAGGACCCAGUCCAUCCUACAACACUGUUCUGCUGGCUGGCCACUUCAUCUCUUCUCUCCAGGACUGCAGCCCUGGCUUACUCCGGCUCUGGUGGAGGUGGGUCUGUCUUAUUUACAUCAAGAUGUUAAAAGUCUACCCAAUGUGCAGACAGAUCCAAAGCUUUUUUUUCUGAACGAAUCAUGUCUUACUAACCUAACCCUAAAUGAUUUUAAUUUUAGUUGAGUUUCUAUUUGUGAUACUUUCCCUUUCUGGGCUCCUACUUUGGUCUUUCCCUUUUCGUCUCCAGACAUGCUAUGCUUCAUAGCUGCUAGGAGAGGGAAGGCAAAAUCUUUUUCAGUUUUCUUUGACUUGGCCAUUUUGAAGACAGUUAGUUAGUGGGCAUAAUUUAUUGCUUUUUAAAAAAGAAAUAUUGUCCAUAUAAGUUUCAUGCUAGCACUCUUAUGAGCUAAUGGGUGAUGUGGCCGCACUGGGUUCAUUUUAAGCUUUGUCCUUUCUCCCCCCUGCCUUGCCCUUUCUUCACAUGCCAUCCAGUGAGGAGCCCUGCUCUCAGAAUUGGAAGUGUGUUUUUUGAGAGGCAGGAGCAGAGCCACUAUCUCCAGUGAACCAGAGAUGGUAGACCUGUAAUUGUGGGAAACUAUCAGUUCUCUUGUUAUGGCCCUGCCGUUCCUUGCUGUGUGUAUAUAUAUAAUACUUUGUCCUUCAUAUGUGAAAGAUCCAGUGUUGGAAUUCUUUGGUGUAAAUAAACGUUUGGUUUUAUUUAUCAAGGUUAGAUUUAAGUUCCCUGUGUAAAGGUCUCGCUGGGUGGGUGUCUCAUUCAAACCUGAGGGGACUACAGCCCAGACCAUGGAAGCUUCCCAAGGCCCUCAUUUUUAUACAACCCUCAUUUGACCCAUGGUACUGGGCAGGGCAGAGAGGCCUUAAAAAAAGCACCACAAGCCAAAGCGUCUCUGGGGAUUAAGGAUCCUUUGCCAUAAAACUCAUUCUGUGUCUCAGCAUUGCAGGGAUUGGGGAUAGGAAAGGCGCCAGUUUUUGUGUGUUUGUGUGUGUAUAAAGUGGACUUUCCACUGUAAUCCAGCCACCUAAGUUUAUCAGGUGCUUCACUGAGGAAGCCUAGUUUUUUAAGCACAAUAGCAAAACAUCAGCUCUGUAUUUUCUCCUGUUAUUUCAUUACAGUAGCUGCCUGUGGGGACUAGGAAAACAAAUCUUCCAACAUAUUUUAAGGCCUAAAAUCUUAGUUCCCCAUUCUCCUACCUUUUUAGAUUCAUAAGCAUUUCUCACCUGGCAUCAUAGAUAAAACAUAAUUGUUUGGGGAGUUGAAUUUAAUUAACUUACCUAACUUUGUAACCCAUCUUGGCUUUAGUAACUUUAUCAAGGUGGUGGCUUUAGCGAAUGUAAUGAUAAAAGUAGAGGAUGCUAAUGCUUUUCUUAACAUUUCUCAACCAUAGAGAGAGCUAAAAGGACUGCAGAGUGAGUUUCUUCUUUUUGGCCACUUGCAGUGACUAUUUAUUGUACUCGAUUCUUGUGUGCCCUAGCGUGCUAUGAGGGUCACCAUGUUGGAUUUGUGCAGAGCUGAAAGCACCAGGUGUGCCAGAGAUGCAGUUUGUGAUUAUGUUUGCACUGGAUCGUGAUUUGAACAAGACACUUAGACUGAUGAAUUCUUUCUUUUGAGGUGGAAAGGAAAGUUGUAGAUCAGGACUCUACACCCUGCUCACAGCUCAGAAGUGUAGGUGUGUCUGAGGCUGGUGUGGACCGCUGUGGAUAACUGGGCCUCCUCACACAUCAAACCUGUGCAAGAGCUGAGGGUAAUGCAGAGGACUCUGGUGUGCCACCGAAGAGCCCUUUAAAUAAAUCGAAGCUUAAAAGAAAAAAAGGAGUCAUUGCAGAAAUGUGGAGAGUUUUAAAAGAUCUGAGUGGGUGGGGGGUAGGGAGGGUCAGGGUUUACAGAGUAACAACUUCUGUGUUGUAAAUUACCUCAUCUGUACACCUUGUAUUGGGACACUAUUUCUCAGCACUUCCUGUGUCUGUAUUGCUUAGACGGCGGGAUGGAUGCCAAUAUGAAACAGCUGUGUUGGCAGUUACUCUGAAAGUAUUUUUUAACUUUGUUUUGAAGUGUGCCCUUCCCCCCUUUAAGUUUAAAGUCAGAAUUCCCCUCCUUGAUUUAUUGGCUGUAAUUGUAUUGUAUUUGGUAUGACUAAGACAUAACUGUGCUGGGAAGAAGUUGUGCCAUGAAGGUCUUUAAUUUUUUUUUUUAAAUAAAAACAUUUAAAUCAAUGAAA